AUGUUCGGGGUUCCACCGGAGGCGUUCAAGACGCUUAGGUGGGAGCGGAAGGCAAUAAGCCUACGUGAGUCGUCUACCGCGACGGCGAUUCACCGGAGUUUCUCUUGAGUGCUCUGAAAACUCAGAGGUUUCAUCGCAAGAAACAGUAAUCGACAGUCCAGAGAUUUCUGGACGGCGCUGUGUGCUACAGUCAUAGCAGGAUUACUGGGCGAAACCUUAUAAAUGAGCGUAUUCGAUUGCUUAAAUAGGCGAAUAAGUAUAAUCGAAACCCUGGAGAGCAGCUUCCCAAAACUCUAUCGAGAAAAAAGGAUGCCCUAGCUACCAAUCCUCCAGAAGUACUAUCAGCAAACACUCUUAUGACCGUCAGCUGAAGGGCGAAAUCGGAGAUUUUUACUUCGGCUAAGAGCCCAUGAAACGAAUUCAGUGAUGCGUAAUCAUAGAGAACUUCUGAGAAGGGAGAAGCCUGAUAGAUUUUAGUUCCAGACAGAUUCUCGCUUUCUCUACACAGAUUUGCUCGAACUUGGAAUUCUCACUUGGUGCAUAACCUACACUCUUGGAUCCGUCAGGAUCUACGAAUCUGCCAAGGUUCGCCUCUCCAGGAAUGAUAUUUCGCCAGGACUGUUAUGAACCGUUCAUUCGAAGAUUCGUCCAUAUUCUAGUCCCUUUCUUUGCGUUUCCUGUGCGAUCUGUGGCGUCCAAUGAACCUGGUGGAACCGAGAGGUCGUAGCGACCAGCGUUUUGAGGUUCUUCCCUUGUUACGCUUGCUCUCCGUUUCCCCAUUGGUCUGCUUUGCGGUGUUUUCUGAUGGUUGAACCACUCGGUUUACCGGCUAAGCUCUUUCCAGAGAUCAUCUAUGAUGCAAUAUUAUCCCGCUGGAGGCCUCCUUUGAGUUCCUACCCGCUCUGGGAUUUCUUGAUCUCUGAUUCAUUGAACUGACUUGCGUGUUAUCGGAAAUCCAUGAUCACAAUGGAGACGCCAGUGGAACAAUUCCCUGGUCCUCUUAUUCGGUCUUUGAACCUUUCCGAAUGUACCAUCUGAUUGAUUUCAAUAAGGACGUGGACAAGUCUAGUGACCUCUUUCUGGAAGCGUCUAACUUUCUGACGUAACUUCCGCUGAGGUCGCAUACCACGAUACCUCCCCGCCUCUUUGCAAGGAUUCUUUUGGAAAUUUCUUUUCCUUUCGUGGAUUAUCUAUCAGGCUUCUCCCUUCUCAGAAGUUCUCUAUGAUUACGCAUCACUGAAUUCGUUUCAUGGGCUCUUAGCCGAAGUAAAAAUCUCCGAUUUCGCCCUUCAGCUGACGGUCAUAAGAGUGUUUGCUGAUAGUACUUCUGGAGGAUUGGUAGCUAGGGCAUCCUUUUUUCUCGAUAGAGUUUUGGGAAGCUGCUCUCCAGGGUUUCGAUUAUACUUAUUCGCCUAUUUAAGCAAUCGAAUACGCUCAUUUAUAAGGUUUCGCCCAGUAAUCCUGCUAUGACUGUAGCACACAGCGCCGUCCAGAAAUCUCUGGACUGUCGAUUACUGUUUCUUGCGAUGAAACCUCUGAGUUUUCAGAGCACUCAAGAGAAACUCCGGUGAAUCGCCGUCGCGGUAGACGACUCACGUAGGCUUAUUGCCUUCCGCUCCCACCUAAGCGUCUUGAACGCCUCCGGUGGAACCCCGAACAUUUUGUUCGAUUUGGAAGACUAGAUAUGGCCGUUCCUCUUGAUUGCGAUCCGUUUUGGACGUUCCAAUCUUUUUUAUCGCUUAUAGCGAAGAUUCGGAAUGUCAGCUACCAAAUCACUGCAGCUUCGGAUCCACGAGGACGUCUCACUUUAGUUCGCAGACUGUCCCCGUUUGGCACUGUUAGGCUCCGUCGAGUUUCCGACUAAUUCCUAUUAGGCCCUUUUCCAUCGAUAUUUCCUGUUGGAUCCUACCAUAUGAUGGAAAGUCUCAGCUGGACUUGGCACUGUUGCGUGCUCUCGAUCGGCUUAUAUCAGAUCAGCCUUGCUGUAGAAUCUGACAUUAUGACGUUUUUUUAAUUCUGAUACAGAAUCAAACUGGUCGUCAUCCGUAACGCAACGUUUUUGCACGGAAGAAGCGAUCGUCAUACUUUUUACCUUGUAACUCUUUUUCCCUUUCCAGACUGUUAGCAUGCGCUAUCACUCCGGCUAUCGGGCUUUUGAUUGGAAUGCUUUUCAAAGUGUGUCGAAGCAAUUUCCAGUUUCGAGUACGAGGUCUUGUCUCACUUUGUGAUGACAAACUUUCCAGCCGUGAGCUGAUGUCGUCCUUCUAGGCAUUUUUGUGCCGCGGAGGAUUUGAUUUGAUACGCUGGAAGAAUUUCGGAGCGUUCCAAAUCUUUGGGUCUCGUUAUCCCGCUCUGAUCCCUUUUAAACUUUCACGCUGUGCUCGGGACCGACCUUCGUUGGAAGGUUCUUCGAACACUCAUAACAUUGAGUGCCGUCUUGCGAGAGAGAGACAUGCUUGAGGUGGCGAUUUUACCCUUUGUCGAGUGAUUACUGAUUUUGGUGUCAGUAUGAUAUAUUUAGAUUUCGACUUUCGGAUCUUAGCAGGACAAACCCGUCCUGUAAGUUCUACUGAACUGUGAUCCUCUAGGGCAACUCUCGAUCUGGUUAACUUUGACGGUGAGGUGAUUUUCCCCACCAUCGUCUAAGGAACGCCUUAUUUGGUCGCUCUUCAACUCAACACAGAUCAAGUCUUCUUGACUCGAUGUCUGACAGAGCCCCCCUUUCCGGGUGCUCCUUUCUCCUAGCUAUAAUUGAAGCUCUGAAGUUUUGAACUAUUUUUCUCUUCAAUGGGUUGAUCUUGAAGAUGGCUUGUUCAUGCCGUCAUAUAUGUAUAUAUCUAACUUGAUAUAUACAAGGUCUUAACUUCCUCAGAGCCUGAUACUACUCCUGUGGCAGCAUGCCCGUAGAGUUCGAGACGUGAGAGUCUAAGAAAGCGACCCAUGCUUGGAGCGGUCUAGUGCUUUAUCCCUUGUCUUCAUGGGGAUUUUAUUCAGGUUACUAGACGCUUUGUAGCAGCUACUACAAUUGAGGUAUUACUUCACACCUCCCACCAAGCAUAACUAUGAAUUAAGUAAGCUAGGGAUUUGGCGUUAGCCUCACCAGAUUCCGAUUAACUCGGAUGGCUUUAUGCCAUGUAGUAGUACUACGAUGGAGGUCUUACUUGAAAGACCUCUGACCAAGCUACGACGCUUCUUGAAGCGGUUUAGUAUAGCGGGAUCACAAGGAUCCACAGAAGCAUAGCUUCUGGCCCAAGUACGGGACUUUGACGACUUCAAGACCGAUACUGGCUGUUUGGAAAACAGCUGGCUCUCCAGUGGAGAACCGAUCGGCGAGGGCGCAUGAAGUUUUUGGAAAUGAGAUACACUUCUCAGCAGAAACUGCUGUUUGUGUAUCGCCACGUGAUCUUCGAACACGUGGAAAUUUUAAAAACUUCAGUAAUGGACGCAAAGUGGGACAGCAAUGUGAUCGUUUCGUAGUAUUUGUUUAUAAAAUGAGGUUUUUAGGGUCUUCAAAGCGUCCUUAACUCGUCUAUAAGACAGAAAAGCCAGUUUCUUUUGACUGAUUCUGAAUCCGGGUAUUCUGAAAUAUCUUCGCGGACCUAAGUAUCGCAAACCGGACACGUUCCAGACGUUUCUGAGUAUUUCAAGUGAUCCCUUGAGAGCGCUGUAGCGAUUGAAAAGAUCCCUAGAAUUGCUCAGAACACCCGGGGCACGCCCGGUUCGCGGCAGAGUUUCAGCGAAAUUCUAAAAAUUUCUCAGCUCGUCAUCUUUUGUAUAUUCCUUGGUAAUAUCGUCUGUUCAGGUUUUAAAUGUCAAGUCGUCGCUCAAGCUCCGCCCCCUAAUGGCGCGAUAAACCAAUCAGAGAGUUAGCCAUUCACAGAGCGUUUUCGAAUGACGUCAUUCUACUUGACAUUCAAAACAUGAACUGACUAUACCAACCGUCUUGAUCUAUCCAAUCACAACGUUUCCAGAAAAUUUGGUAAUCUUUGACCUAGGGUCCGCAAGCCAUUUCUUCAGAACGAUUCAAAAAAUAUGUUUUUCACAUUGUUUGAUAGAGGAGACUGUCCAAUUUCAUAAUCCGUUUAGUUUUUGAAAAAAGGUCCACUAAGAAAAAAGUUAUGGCCAAAAAACUAGCGCGCGCGGCGUUCAACUGGAGGCAAAAUCUCACGGUUUACCCGCUGCCGCACGCUUUCUUUUUAAAUGUUUUUGCGCGUUUCUGGACCGUUUUUAAAUCGGUUUUCUGUUCCGAGAGGUUGUCAGAACUGAGCUUCAUGUUUUUGGUAUGAAUCUUUUGUACAAUCCUCAUAAGAAUUUUUUUGAUAAAAUAUCAAAAAAACUACCUAGAAAAAGAAGGUCAAAGGGAUUUUUUUCAGCUUAUUUUUUUCUUUUUUUCUACUCAGAAAAAAAUUAUUAUCAUUCGAUUUGGAAAAAAAGAAAAAAAAUGAAAAAAAUAAUGUUAUUUCGAAAUAAAACAGGAAAAAAAGUGCAAUUUGACUCGAAAAACGGCUCCUGCGACAUUUAAAAGGGCGCUUCGGUGUGUUUGACGCAAACACUGCUACGGACGCUUGCACGAAAUCUUCCGAAAUUUCAAAAAAAUUGCCAUUUUUUUCGAGGUUUUUCAAAGCCGUUAUUUUUUUCGCGUCGAUCGAUUUUUUUCAUAAUUUUUUUCAUUGAUAGAGUUUUUGAACGCUUAAUAACAUAAUCAAAAAAAUAUAGACGCGAUCCUAUUCUCUCAUGCGUCAACGAGGCAGGCGAAAAAAAGGAGGUUUUUGGUAAAAACUCAAAUAUAAUUUGAUUCGCUGUCCCAAUAAUUAUUUUUCAUUUUUGAAUUUUUUUAUUUUUUUGGACACACUGUUAGUUUUCAAAUCAAAUAAAAAGUAUACCAUGUCGCUGAAAUUUUUUCGCAUUUCAGCUUCAAAGUUUGGUGUCACUUUACAAGCUUUAAUAUUUUUUUCGCGUCGGUAGAUUUUUUUCAUUUUCACUCAAAAAAUAAAGAAAGUGUUAAUGUAUAGCAUACUCAAAAUUUAGAAGCGUUCCUCACUUGGUUUUCUGAAACGCGACGAUUUUGUGAAACUUGUCAGUUUUUUUCGUGUUAAAUCUUACUUUUUCGCUUAUUUUUGAAAAAUAAAUAGUUUUAAAAAUAUUCAGUCUUGUAGAGCGUUGUCGAUUACAUAGAUUAACAGAAACAGUUAAUUUUUAAAGUGGGACUUUAGCUAGUAUAAACGCCUCAAAACCGUUUUUGCAACAAAAAAAUCGUCAUUUUGGUGGCGUGAAGGGGCGGGGCUUUGCGCCCCCUACUUUGACCUCAAGGGAUUAAAUUUAAAAAAAUUAAAUCACGCCAACCGAAAAGCCGAAAUCAGUCAUUUCACACGAAGCGAUCUGCGAAGAGCGCUCGGCUAGAGGUAAUCAUAUUUUGAAGUUGAACCCGGAUUCUCUUUUCCCCAGUUCUAGUCAAGUUAUAGCCUAUUCACGGCUAGCUUGGGACGCAAAAGACGUGUCCUGUCUGCGCUCUUUUCUUUUCGUGUCGGGACCUUUUUUGCGAUGGUUCAAUCCAGCCGUGAAUCAGCUAUAUGUGCCCAAGCCAUGAUUUUAGAGCUUCCUUUGAGAUCAUAAAUAAAAUAAACGUAGUAAUUUUUCAGAUAUGGAAGCGUUUCUUGUGAGUAUCGUCAUUAACAUCAGCUAUGUCUUAUUGGGUUGGUUGAUCUUUUUUCUUUACUUUUGUGUUGUUUAUAUAUAUGAGUAUAGCUCUUCUAAAGUUGUCAAAAUAAACCAACUACUCUUUGAUUUUCCAGGAAAAAUAUUUUUUAAAGAUCUUAACCUCCUUUUUUCACGAUUUUCUAACAAGGGACUGAUCUCAGCUCACAGGAACCUAAAAACGGUACUAAAUUUACUAGACGCCGUUUUUCACUCGGAUUCUCAAAAAAAAACGGAAAAGGAUUGUAAAAAAUUUCUAUAGCGAUCAAAAUUUGAAAAAAUAGCUCGAAAACCCAGUUUCUUGGACCUCUUUAGCACGUGAGAAAAUAUGAAAAGUCCUUUUUUCACUUGAUUUUUAUCUGAAAAUGUUGUCUUAGCUACCAAGGUCAGCUCUGUCUGUCUUUGAAAAAACUGAACUGAGUUUUUGAAUUUGAUUUCUUGACCCCAAAUCCUAGGAAUUUUUUGAGCACAGGUUUGGAAUCAGCGUAAAAAACUGCAUCUAGUGGGCCUUAUUUGGAAAUCUCCCUAUGAAUCUCGGUCAGAAUUUUGCAGUCAUUUUCUCCGAAAGUACGGGUAUUUUGUGUGAUUCAAAGUGAUCCAUCGUGAGAAAAAUAUCUAGAAGGUGAAAAAAUUACUUUCGAGUUCUUUUCCAGUGACGACGUUAUGCGGUGGAAAAAAGAAAGAAGCGAGAACUUCGAAUAAAAGCUCCAUGCCGCCGGCAAACACGACGACUUCGGCAGCGACGCCGGCGAUACCGACGGCGAUUCCGUCGGCGCCACAGACGGCUCCGUCCGACUCGGCCGGUACCGCCGUCGCUCCCGACGGCAAGGCCGACAAAAAGCCCGAGAAGGAAAAGUCGGAGAAAAAGACGCAAGACGAAAAGACCAAGACGGAGAAGAAGGACGAGGUGCCGCAGAAGAAGGAGGAGGAGGAGAAGAAGGAGAAGGAGAAGACGGACAGGAAGAAGAAGGAGGAGGAGAAGCCCAAGGAGGUUUUCUGACCUGUCUGCGCUCUCUUUACUCUCACCAGCGAGGUCAUAGUAAAAGCGCUGUCCGGAGCUCAUUUUUCGGUUCUUUUCCAUCUUGGGAGUUCCAGAGUGGUCCCUAUAGGAGUUAGGGGGAAAGCAACGCCUAUAGGGGCCGAAAAAGCGGUCCCUACAGGGGUUUAGGGUUAGACCACCAAGCCUUCAAAGCUCAAGUGGACCCUAUAGGGUUUUUUAAUUUCGUUCAAAAAACGCUUAUUCCUUUUUUUCCAUGAAAAUGCUUCUUCGCUCAUAACGAUUAUCGAUAUGUCCCCUCUAGGGGCCACUUUUGAAAGCUUGAGUGGCCCCUAAAGGGGAAGUGGUCCUAGAGCGGACCUUCCAAAAGCCCCUAAGGCUGCCCCUAUUGGGACCACUCUUCUAUAAUCUCGUUGAUGAGAGAUGAGAGGCUCAGAGAAAUUAGAACGUUUCAAAAAUCGAAAAUUUUCAGGAUGAAAAGAAGGAAGAGAAAAAGAAGGUCGAUCUGAAGCCAAAGGACAUCGCGAAGAAUGCCAAGGAGGUGAUAAAUUUUCUAGAUUUUGAGAUAGUUGCUUCGAAAUGACCGUUUUAGAACGUUUCAUAAAUCUGAACACCUUUCAGCAAAAAAUAGCGGAAGGCGAGAAACGCAACAAGGCCGACUACCCGACGUUCAACGACGUCGAGAGCGACUGGGACUCGAACAAGGAGAAGGUCCCCCGAAAGUCCCAGUUUUGAGUGGGACUUCUGAACGAGACGGCCAAUUUUGAAAGCUCAUAACUUUUUUCACAGACCUCUUUGGCAAUGUUGAAGCUCAGAUUCAGAAUCCGCUCGAAAAAUCGCUCUCAGAGCACCUUCAGAAGUCCCACUCCGGGCUGAGACAUGGCCCCCCCCUUCUUACCUCGUUCAGAAAUAGGACCCCAACGGGAAGGCCAACGACGGUAAGAGCAAGAAGAAAGCGGAGCCGAAGGACGGAAAGGCUGAGGACAAGAAGGUCGUGGCCGCAUUUGGAAUGGCUUUUUAAAGGUGGAGUUUCAGGACGAAGGUGACAAACCGCCAGGUGAGAAGAACGAGGAGGACAACAAGGAGAAACAAGUCAGCGCCGCCGGGCUCUAG